UUGUUUUCUACACUGGCGCUAAGUGUAAAAGAAAGAGCGGAAACGGUUAUUGUGUGUUUUAUAAACUUUAUUUGCGACAUGUUAAGCUUUGUACGAGAAUGUUUUGGAUCGGUAGUUUAUAUGUAAAGGUUUACUGAUGUCACAGAGCGAGUCUGAGAGUGACAUUUGGGAUUACAAACCUCUUAAAAAGACUAAAAGAAAAGAUAUAACUCCGAAAUCUAGUGAUGGGUCAAAGAAAAGGACAAACAAAGCCUGCAGAGGGAGUAGAUCGAGCACUAAGUCUAAUAAAAUCUCGACUGAAUUGUGCACAGAGAGUGAAUCUGUUCAACACAACGUAGAUAGACCAACGACCAAAUCCUCCCUAACCGAAGUGCAUGAUGGGACAUCAUCAGAACAGCACCUCCAGUCCAGGGGACACUGUCCUGUCUGUCAAAUGCCUUUUUCUAUUUUGGUCGUCCAGACAGCACAAUGGCAUGUUUCUGAAUGCUUGGAGAACCCUGGAGAAUCGAGUAAAGAAUGUCCAGAUGGCCUACAGUGCUCUUCCCCCAUUCCAAACCACUACAAGAGGUACAGCCACUCUCUUUUAGCUCACAGUCGAGCAGUAGAUGCCACAGAGGCUGCUUCUUCAAUACUGGGCCAUCUGGAGGAGAAGACGAUUAAUAACGAUGCCAUUAUUUAUAGUAAAGAUAGCUUUGUGGAUAGUGCUGUCAAUCUUUCCACUGCAUCCAGCCACAGUGCAUUUCCUGCUCAAGGAUCCAGCGAAUGUCAAACUCCUGUCCGUCUUAAUGCCUUGCAGCUCUUGCGCUCACCUGGGCCUGAGGAUAUUAAGAAAAAGAAAGGCUGGUCCCCUUCUACCAAAGGACCUAGAUCUCAUGCCUCAACUCAGGAAGCUAAAAUUAGGAUGUCAACCCCAGUGAAAGCAGGAAAUGUAAGCCAUGAUGUUCAGACCAGGGAAGUAAAUGAGGAACAGUGUACUUUAGGUGAUGAUGAUUAUAUCUCAUACUCUCCUCUUUCUGAGCUCCCUGCUGAAACUGAAGCGAAGCAGAUAAAGAAAAAACUCUUUCACAGUACAGCACUAGAGGAGGUGAAAGAGAAAGAUGACGAUUCUGAUUCUCUGAUAUUGUUCAGUGAUGGUGCUCUGAGUGAUGAUGAGAUUUUUGCUGAGGUCAUAGAUAAGAACGAAAUCACUACAUCAGGAAGCCAAGGAGAUCCUGUCAAUAAGGAGACUCUGUUCACCUGUGACCAGUUAGAGUCAUUAGAGUCGCAUGAACAUUUGACGAGUUCCAGCUGUGCAGGCCCUAGUAAUAGCCCUCUUCAGAUCAGUUCCCCAUUUAGACAUUCAGAAGACUUUCAUAAAAUAAAGAGCAGGGAGAAAGAUAAUCCUCUGCAACCGUCUCCUCAAAGUCUGGUCCUGGAAAGUCUUCGUGAACACAUAUCAAACACUGCACAGUUCAACAGUCUUAAUUCUAAUUCUCUUCUAAAGUCUUUGACUGAGGAAAUGCCUUCCACACAAACAAGCUUGACCACUAGGAAACAAACUCGUUCCAUAACGCCCAAGAAAGCCCAGAACAAGUCAGGAACGUCUGUGUUAAAGCAAACUGAUAUUGGAGUGUUUUUUGGACUGAAGCCUUUGAAAGAAAACGGAGAGGAGGAGAAAUUCCAGGUGAGCUCUGCUUCAGGGAAGAGCUCAGGAACCGAAGAGCGGCAGAAAAGACAGAGGAAGAACAAGGAAGUCUCUGAAGUGACCAGGACAAAGGAAGAAGCAGAAGAAGGAGUUGCUCAGCCUACGCAAGCAGAAGGCAACCGAGGAGCUAGGGCAUGGGGGAGGAAGAGGUGGAACAGAACAACAGCGACAGAUGGAGCAGCAGAAGUACCCAAACGAUGCCCAUUCUACAAGAAAAUCCCUGGAACAAGCUUUGCCGUGGAUGCAUUUCAGUAUGGGAAUAUCAAAGGCAUCACCGCCUACUUCCUCACACAUUUUCACUCUGAUCACUAUGAAGGACUGAAGAAAACCUCAACCUUUCCUAUCUAUUGCAAUAAAAUAACGGGCAACCUGGUGAAGUGUAAACUACAUGUGGAUGAGCAGUAUAUCCAUAUUCUUCCCAUGAACGAGGAAUGUGUAGUGGAUGGUGUAAAGGUUAUCCUGCUAGAUGCCAAUCACUGUCCAGGGUCAGCCAUGCUGCUGUUGCUGCUGCCAGAUGGUCAGACUGUUCUCCACACAGGUGACUUCCGGGCACAUCCGUCCAUGGAGCGCUACCCAGAGUUGCAGAGCAACAGGAUCGAGACACUUUAUCUGGACACGACGUACUGCAGUCCAGAAUAUGCAUUUCCUAUCCAGCAGGAAGUGAUCACCUUUGCUGCUAACACAGCCUUUGAGCUGGUCACACUCAACCCUCGCACAUUGGUGGUGUGUGGCUCCUACUCUGUGGGAAAGGAGAAGGUGUUCUUGGCCAUUUCUCAGGUGCUGGGUUCAAAGGUCUAUGUGUCCAAAGAUCGUUAUAAGACCAUGUGCUGUCUAGAGUCAGAACACAUCCACCAGUGUAUUACCACAAACGUGAAGGAAUCUCAGAUCCAUGUUCUUCCCAUGAAUCAGCUCAAUUUCAAGAAUUUAAAAGCGUACUUGAAGCGGUUUUCUUGUGCGUAUGACCAGCUGGUGGCAUUCAAGCCCACAGGUUGGACCUUCACUCAGGAAGUGGGUGUGGAGGACAUACAGCCUCAAGUCAAAGACAACAUCAGUAUUUAUGGUAUUCCAUACAGCGAACACAGUAGCUACCUGGAGCUGAAGCGAUUUGUGCAGUGGUUGCGGCCAUUAAAGAUCAUACCCACAGUGAACGUGGGCAGUUGUAGCAGCAGGAAGGACAUGAACAAUUGCUUCCGUGAAUGGCAAGCUGAGAUUAAAACUCUGAAUGAUGUACCAAGGAGUACACGCUCCUGUACAAGACGGUGACCUAUCAGUGCCUCAACACAUUUCAGCAUUUGACCAAGUAGUCAAAUUGUGUAUUUGCAUCCAAGACACAAGCCUGGUUCCAAACAUAAACUCUUUAUUUUCAAGAAAUGCAGAGGAAAUUCUUGAACCAUAGUUUUACAGUUUUCAAUGCAGGAAAAAAUGUCAUUGUCAAAGUAAUAAUGAAUGAUCUACAUCUGAGGUUCAUUCUGAGAGUAUAGGUUCCAAUAUGUUUCUUGUGUCAUAACUCUACCUAAUGUAUUUUUAAU